ACCCAGACAUUGGCGCACAGGCGUGCUUAACUCAUACCUGUUCCACAGACUUAUAACUACACAACAGGCAGCAAAAACGACUUCAGGCUGGGCAACGAUACGCUACCACGGAGAAGAAAACUCCAUCCGCCCCGGGGGAAAGUCGAGAAGGAGGGGAGGCCCUGCGACACCGGAGCUACCAUGGUGGGUGAACGCCGCAACGGCAACCUGCUGGUUCAGCUGGGACCGAAGCUCCAGGCUUACCCAGAGGAGCUCAUCCGUCAGAGGAGGACCCUCGAUGGCCAGACGGAGUACCUGAUCCGCUGGAGUCUGCUGGCUGUGGAGGACAGCAGCAGCUCAGGCGGCAGCAACGAGGCGAGCGGCGGCAGCAGCUCGGGCGGAGGAGGCUCUAGUGGCUCCACCUCGGGAGAGAGCAAGAGCGAGAGCAUCCUCAUGUGGAUGUCCACCGAAGACGUGUACGCCAACUGCCCCACUCUGCUCGGCAAGCGCAAGGCUGACUCCCAGAGGCCUCAGCUGGAGGAAGAGGAGCGGCCCAGCGGACAGUUCCCCGCAGAUGUCACCUUUGACGAGGGAGAGCUGCUGGAUAUGAAAGACGACGUGAAGAAUCUGGUGCGCCGCGCCCGGAAGCAGAUGGCUAAGAACAGCGACUUCGGGAUAAGCAUCACGCACACCAUCCACGUGCUGAGCGCCUACGCCAGUAUCGGCUCGCUGGUGGGAGUCUUCAAGGAGACGGGCGCUCUGGACCUGCUCAUGGAGCUGCUCUGUAAUAAAGAGCGACAGACCAGACGCAGCGCUGGAAAGAUGCUGCGAGCCCUGGCUUCUCAUGAUGCGGGGAGUCGUGCCUAUGUGCUUCUGUCCCUCAGCCAGCAGGAUGGCAUCGAGCAGCACAUGGACUUUGAUAACCGCUACACCCUGCUGGAGCUUUUUGCAGAGACCACCUCCUCUGAGGAGCAUGGCAUCUCCUUUGAGGGCAUCCAUCUUCCACAGAUUCCAGGCAAGCUGCUUUUCUCUCUGGUGAAGCGUUACUUGUGCGUCACUUCAUUGAUGGACAAGCUGACCACCGCCGGGGUAGAGUCCACCUCUGAGCGGCAGGAUGUCGGCCCCUCCUCCUCCACAGCAGCCUACCAAUCAGAGCACGCUCGUGUGCAGCGGGAGUUUGAGUUCACCAUGGCCAUGGCCAACCUCAUCUCUGAGCUGGUGCGCGUCAUGGGCUGGGACCGCAACCGGCAGCUGCCCCACAGCUCCGGGAGCCCAAGCAGAUCGGUGGAGGAAAUGAAUAACGAAGUCCAGAAACACCCCGUGCGCUCCAUCUUCCAGCCUCGCUUCUCCGCUUCGUCUCCUGUCAUGGCUGCUACAGCAAUAGCUGCGGUCACCCCACCAAAGAAGAAGAAAACGACAAAUGGAUUCAAGACACGUUCUGACUUCACGUCUCGUUCAGCUUAUGUGGAGUUUGUGCAGGACAACCUGAAGAGUGGCAUGGUGGUGCGCAUGCUGGAGGACUAUGAGGAGGUCAGCUCUGGGGAUGAGGGAGAGUUUCGCUACAGUAACGACGGCUCGCCGCCGGUGCAGGUGUACUGGAACUCCCUGUCCAGGACCUACUGGGUGCACUGGCACAUGAUUGAAAUCCUGGGCAACGGCAGCGGAGGACCGGCUGAGAAGGAGACCCAGGAGAAGGCCUCCUCCCUCACAGAGACACUCAAACUCACUACAGUGAGUCAGACGUUCUUCUCGAAGCCCCCCGGUGGGCUGUACACAUUGCCUUACCUGAUGGAGGGCUCUCAGGAUGACGCAGGCACUCUGAGCCGUGCUGAAUGGUGGGAAGUGCUCUUUUUCAUCAAGAAGUUAGAGCCCAAGCAGCAGCAGGAGAUCUACAACAUCCUGCGACAGAGCCUCGAUGAGCCGAUGGUGGAGCUUGACGAGCCGACUCUCAUCCAGCUGUCCCUCUCCAGUGAGGUGGCGAGGAAAGUCCUCCACUACCUGAAACUGAAUCUGCAGGCGUCUUGUCUGGGCGACCUGCUCUGCUCCCACACUUUCACCAAACACUACCUGAACUGUGGAGGUGCCGGCCUCGAGGAUGAGGAAAUGCUGAUGGACGGCUCGCUCGGAGGACAAGGAGCUUCAUCUUCAUCAUCGCUGUCCUCAGCCACAGCAUCAUCCUCUUCCUCAGCCUCUUCCUGCACCAUGGGCUCUGUGUCCAAGAAAGCUAAGAAAGAGAUCCCAGCAGACACGAGUGGCUGUGGCAGUGAGACCGAGAGUGAACUUCCCACUGAAGACGACACAAAGUAUCCUGAUGACCUGGAGGAGAAGAUGAAAGUGUUCAACAGUCCCAAGGUCCAGGGUAAGAAGAGCUCCCUAGAGAAGAUGGGUGAGGUGGUGGACAUCAUGACGAAGAGUAGCUCCGACUCAGGACUGCAGCUGGCCGGCAUGAAAGUCAUCAGUAAGAUCCUGGAGGAGGAGGUACCUCAGGAGAGGAGCACCCUCAGAUCGGACUCGGCACAAACCAUCCGUGACAAAGUCUUAAAGAUGUUGGUGGAGAUGAUUGGCAGUCAGCCCAAGCAGAACGCUGUCACUGCGCUGCUGCUGACCCGCAGUCUAAUGCUGAAAUACGAGUGGAGGGUCUCGUUCGCCACCGAGGGGGGGGUUAAAGCCAUCCUGUGCUGCAUGCAGGAGUACCCUACCUGUAUACAGGUGCAGCAGAUUGCACUGGCGGCUCUGAAGGUCAUCACAGGUGCCAGUAAACAUGACCCUCGCAGUGUGGGUGGCUGUGUGCCCCUGUCUGAGUCUGGGACUCAGAUGAUGCUGGAGAUUUUCGCGAGCAUUGGCUCUGCUACACCUGAAGGCUCCAAAGGGCUCCUGUGUGCCAUCCCUUCUGCCAUUGACCUCAUGCUCAGCACGGCAGGUCGCGGGCUCUCCGUGCGGAACGGGCUUCUGGUCAUCAUCAUGCUGAUUUCCAGCCACAAGAGCCUGGCAGAGCAGCUAGUCGCCUGCAAUGUCAGUGCCACGCUAAAGAAGUGCCUUUCUGCUCAGAAUCAGCACAGCAUGCUGGCUAUUAUCGCCCUCAACAACAUCUCCAUGGUUCACAAACUGGAGAAAAAAGAGUCUCAAGAUGAGCAUGACUUUAAGGACACCGAGCUGAAGAUGUUGGUGGUGAGUCUGAAGGAAAUGCCAGCCACUAAAGAGGUCAUACAGACGCUGGAGCAGCUGCUCUGUGACGACGCCACCCAGCUGGAGGAAGAGAGGAACGAGGUAACUCGCAGCAGAGACACCUUCCAGGACCUCAUCCGCCUCAUGGACCAGCACAGAGCGGAUCGGGCUGCACAGCUGUCCAUCCUCAGGAUUUUGAACAAGUUUUUAGAUAACUACCAGGAGGAUCUGCUGCCGUGGCAUGAGAGCAUUGAGCCUUGCCUGUCAUCUAUGACAGCCUUUGUCAGUGAUAGAGAGGUCGUACAGCAGUUCAUCCGCUUCUUGUAUCGUCUUGCAUCUCUGAAUAAAGACUAUGCUGUCGUGAUGUGUCGGCUCGGCACCAAAGAGGCUCUUCUCAAAGCCCUGGACAAACACAGCACCAGUCUGCUCAUGGUCACCGAGCUGCGGGACCUGAUCAACGACUGUGAGAAGUACGCCAGCCUCUACAAGAAAAUGACCACCAGUGUGCUUGCAGGAUGUAUACAGAUGGUCCUCGGUCAGAUUGAAGAGCAUCGGCGCAGCCAUCAGCCCAUCAAUAUUCCCUUCUUUGAUGUGUUCCUGCGCAACUUGUGCCAAGGCUCCAGUGUGGAACUGAAAGAGGACAAAUGCUGGGAGAAGGUGGAGGUCUCCUCCAAUCACCAUCGAGCUAACAAGCUGACAGACAAAAACCCCAAAACCUACUGGGAAUCCAACGGCUGCACAGGCUCGCAUUUUAUCAACAUUUACAUGCAUAAAGGAGUGAUCAUCAGGCAGUUGACUGUGCUUGUAGCCAGCGAGGACUCGAGUUACAUGCCAGCUCGUAUUGUAGUCCUAGGAGGAGAUGAUCCCACCAACAUCAAUACUGAACUCAACACUGUAAAUGUGGCACCCUCCGCCAGCCAUGUGGUUUUGCUGGAGAAUACGACCCGCUUCUGGCCCAUCAUUCAGAUCCGAGUCAAAAGAUGUCAGCAGGGUGGCAUUGACACACGAGUGCACGGGUUUGAGGUUCUGGGGCCGAAGCCCACGUUCUGGCCGGUGUUUAAGGAGCAGCUGUGCUGCCGCACGUAUCUCUUCUAUACGACAAAAGCUCACACCUGGUGCCAGGAGAUCCUGGAGGACAAGAACCAGCUGCUGCAGCUCUUUAACAAGUUAAACAGUGCCCUGAAACAUGAGCAGAUGUUUGCUGACCGUUUCCUGCCUGAUGCUGAGGCCGCAGAGGCUUUAGGCCGGACCUGCUGGGAAGCCCUCAUCACCCCCAUCGUACAGAGCAUCACUAUCUCAGAGACUUCUGCUCUCAGCCCUCUGUCCUGGUUGAUGAAUGAUUAUUUGGAGAAGGCCGAUUCCUCCAAGAGGUGUAAGAGCUCAGCCUCCAUCUUCAACUCUCGCGUGCGGCGUCUCACUCAUUUGCUGGUCCAUGUGGACACGAGCACAGUUGAUACAGAAGAGCUCAAACCUCCCAUCAAAUCCAAAGGUAUCAACAGAAGCAGAGAUUUGAAGAAUGGUAAAGAGGGAAAGAAUAAGGAAAUGACUGUAGUAAGCUCAUCAUCAUCCUCUAGUAAACCGAAAGUCAAGAAUGCUAGCAGCAUUGCAGGCAUCGCUUUGUGCUGGCAAGGUGUCGUUCAGCGACAGGUGAAGAGUUUCCUAGAUUCGUCAUGCAGCCUCCCUGACUUCGUAGAGCGUUACAGGGCUCUGUUCCUCCGGCUGAAGAACGCCAUGGAGGAACUCUUCGGCCAGCACACUGCCUUUGUGCUUGCGCUCCGGCAGGGCUUUUCUGCCGCCUUGCUCCAGCUCUCCAUCCUGACCGCCAUGCAUGUGAGCGAGCGUUUUGCACAGUACAUAGACAAGAUGAUCCAGGAAAGUGGAGGGGACUCUGGAAAUGUGGACACGUUGAACCAGCUCCAGCACUUCCUGGAGCCCAUGCUGUUCCUCUCCGGACUGGAGCUGGCCAACACCUUCGAGCACUUUUACAGGUACUAUCUGGGUGACCGGCUGUUGGGUCAGGGGAAGAUGUGGUUAGAGAGCGCUGUGGUGGAGCACAUCGGUACCUGCUUCCCAAACCGCUUUCCCCAGCAGAUGCUGACCAACCUCAGUGAAUCUGAGGAGCUCCAGCAGGAGUUUCAUCUUUACCGUCUACAGCAGCUGGACACUAAUCUGGAAAACUUUGAGGAGAUGACGGAUGAGGACGUGUCUGAACCCGAGGAAGAGAGUGAGGUGAAAGUGUUGGUGUUGUCCCCACGCUGUUGGGUUGUGUCCGCUCCCUGCUACCUGGAGGAGCCCAGCAAACACCUCCCCGCUCAACUCUGCAGUUACCUGGCUGAGUUCACAGAGUUUUACGCCAACAGUCAGCGCAUGUAUGGUUUGACCCACAGUAAGCCUCGGCGUCUGCAGUGGACCUGGCUCGGCCACGCUGAGCUUCAGUACGGCUCCUGUACUCUCUACGUCUCCACGCUGCAGAUGUACAUCCUGCUACAGUUCAACAAACAUGAGGAUGUGAGUGUGGAGAUGCUGCAGCAGGCCACAGGUCUCUCUCCUGCCAUGCUGAGCCAUGCCCUCAAGCCUCUGACGGGAGAGAAGGGGAUCCUCACUCACACCGGCUCCGGACAGGACCCCAUGAAAGGGGUCCUGGGACUGAACAAGAAGACCCUCUCGGAGAGCUCAGACCGACACGGUUACCAUUUCCUGCUUCCCAAGCAGACCUACCUGAAUGUGGAUGAAGAUGCUGCGCUCACACUGGAGAGGAAGAGGAACUACAUCUACUGUCUCGUUGUGCAGAUCAUGAAGAACGAGAAAGAGAUGCAUAUUGACAAUUUAGUGUUCAAGGUAUUGGACAGUUGUCAGAAGCAGGAGGCGGGUCGGACUCACGCCUCGGUUCGCUUCAGCUGCAGCACUACAGACGUGCUGUCCUGCAUCAUGCACGUCAUCAACAAAGGCUACCUCCGCCGAAACGAGGAAAGCCCACACAUCGUGGAGUUCUUGAUGGAGGACCCGACCACACCCCGAAAGGGCCAGGCGCAGUUCUCCUUUAAGAUGGAUGCGAAAAAAAGCUCUGCAAGCGGCAGCAAAGCCGACACCAGCCUGGGAGGCCUUAUAGUUCCCCCUCAGCACCUGGAGGACGGCGUGCUGGAGGCCGUGCUGUUCUCCAUGGGUCGCACAAUGACUCAAGACGAGGUCAAGCAGCUGAUGCAGCGCACCGUCCAGCAGGUGGCGGGGACCCUGAGCCUGGAUCUGGACCGGGCCGAGCACCUGCUCAUGCACUGCAAAUGGAACAUGGACCUGUUGAUCCAGCGGUACACCGAUGACCCAGACGCCCUGGUCCUGGCUGCCGGCCUCAAGAUCCGAAACCCCCAGCCGGCCCCGGGCCCCGUGGUCCAAUGUCCCGUGUGCCUAUCCCAGUCAAAAGAGAGUGACCCCCCUCCCAUGCUAAGCUGCAUGCAUUACUGCUGCAGGUCCUGCUGGCAGGAGUACCUCACUGCUCGUAUCGAACAGAACCUGGUCAUGAGCUGCGACUGUCCCAUCACAGACUGUCGGGCUCAGCCCACCUCCAAGUUCUUUCACAACAUCCUCACUGAUAAGGACACCAUUGCCAAAUAUGACAGCGCUCUGCUGCGAGGCUUCGUGGAGUGCUGCUCCAACCUGACCUGGUGUACCAACCCUCAGGGCUGUGACCAGGUCCUGUGCAAGGAGAACAUCGGUAGCAUGGGCACCUGCUCCAAGUGCUGCUGGUCCUCCUGCUUCAGCUGUAACUUCCCAGAGAAACACUGAAUGAUCAACAAUAUCUUAAGCACCAGCACCAGUCCUAAGUUCGGUUAAAAUGACAAAUAUGCAUUCAUACACUUAUACCAAAUCUUAAUUCUAAUUACAGAAGUUCUAUCAUUACAUAAUGCUUCAUUAUCAUAAUAUCAUAUUAUAAUGCUUGACAGACUGAUGUUAAGAGUGUAGUCAAGUCACCUUUUUUUUAUACAACACUUUAUAAAGUACAGACUGUGUCAAAGCAGCUUUGCAGUGUUAAACAUGAAAAAUGAGAGCUGAUAAUGCAAGAGGACAGAAAAUAUUCUUGAUUGAGUGAUGUCAUCGUCCAGCUCAGUUCAGCUCUUUUCUAAUAGUGUCCGUGCAGUCAAGCCAACAAUGACAAAGGAGACGGUGGCAAGGAACCAAAACUCAAUCGGUGACAGAAAUGGGGAAAAAAAAAAAAUUCCAGGCUGCAACGCAAAUCGGAUUGAGCAGAGGACUCGUCUGGUUCUCGUGGUCUUGUGAGGUCGUCUAGAGGUCGUCUCUAGGUGCUGAUCCACCCUCUGGACUGGAUCCGGGUGACUGCAGUGACCCUCUGAUCUGGAUACAGACUGGAUCUGGUGGCUACAGUGACUUCGGAAUAAGAAUAAAACAGACUAAUAUUAACGUAGAUGCCAUUCUUCUAACGAUGUAGCGAGUACAUCUGGUGUUAUGGAAAGUGUUCCUGGUUCUGGUUUACCAAAUUAAUGUAGCCUAACAUUUGAAUUAUAGUAAAGCCAGAUUAAAAAGAUGGGUCUUUUAAUCUAGAUUUAAACUGACAGAGUGUCUCUGCCUCCCAAGCAACGUUAGGUAGAUUGUUCCAGAGUUUGGGCACUAAAUAGGAGAAGGAUCUGCCGCCUGCAGUUUGUUAUGAUAUUGAAGGUAUUAUCAAAUUACCUGAGUUUUGAGAUCACAGCGGACAUGAAUGACUAUAAUACGAUAAGAGUUCGCUCAAGUACUGAGGAGCUACACCAUUCAAGGCUUUAUAAUUAGCAAUAUUUAAAAAUCAAUACGAUGUUUGAUAGAGAACCAGUGCAGUGUUGACAGAACAGGGCUAAUAUUGUCAUACUUCCUGGUUCUAGUAAGAACUCUAGCUGCUGCAUUUUGGACUAAUUGGAGUUUAAGUGCGCAGAGCAAUCAUCCAAUUAAGUAUUACAAGGUCAUGAACACAUAAAUUAUGUCUCUGCUUUUGACAGUCUUGCUUGUCAUGUGACACGCAUCAGCCACAGUAGCGCUGUAAAACUGAUGCUUGUUUUAUUUAUUUUUUCUUUUUAUUCGAAAUAUUUACAUUUAUUUUACUUCUUUAACCUUUAUUUCUGUUCAAUUUAAGUUCCAGCUGUAAUAUUUCAAUUUGAAAAGUUAUUUGCAAGGUAUAUACCAUAGACUAUAAAAACAUGGACGUAGUGUCCGUGACGUCACCCGUAGGUUUCUGAAGAGCAUUUUUGAAGCUCAAAGUGGGUGGAGUCUCUCACGGAUAAUCGGAAAUGGGUAAAGAAGCGGGACUGGUUGAUUAAUGGUGGUGACCAGAACGUCAUUCCACCUGUCACUCAAGUGGCCACGCCCUUAAUUAUGCAGAACUUUAAGGCUUAAUAUAAUUUAAACGGAUGAGUUAUAAAAAAAAUUAUCCCCCCUCACAGUUGUCAUGAAGGGCGAAAUUAGCUAUAUAGACCCAAAACCAUUUUUUUGCACCAGGCUGUAAACAGGUUUUUUUUCUGCUGUAAAGUUGGUCAAUUUAACAUGGGGAGUCUAUGGGAUUGACUCCCUUUUGCAGCCAGCCUCAAGCGGCCAGUCGAUGAAUUACAGUUUUAGUCACUUCCGUGAUGGUUUCACGAGAGAGCGCAGAUGGUUGCCGUUUGGUAUAUACCAAUAAACAUUUUGAUAUCAUGCACUUCAGGCAAAUUUAUUUUCAGGUAAAAUAACCAGUGUAUAUUAGUUUAAUGAAUUUGGGUAGGAUUUCUGAAGAUUAAAGCUCGGCUUUAUCGAACACAUUCAGCCAAAGUGAGCAAUAUUAAAACAUCCUUACAAGAAAACUAACAAAAUCCAUACAUAUAUAUAUAUAUAUAUUGGCGAAUAAUAGCCUAUAGUAUAUACUGCUUUCAUGUUGCAUGGCAUGAAUGGAUAUUCAGCAUUUUUCACAUUGUACAAAAACUGCAGAGAAAUCUGGCCCUAACCAAAAUAAAGUCCGGGGCUGACGCCAUGCUUGAUGUCUCCAGACCCGGACGGUCUCAUAAAGGUGAUCUGCAGGACGCUCUGAUAGCGGCUGGGUGUUCAGCAUUUCAGGAGGAGGACUAUUUACACCAAAUUAUAUUCGAGUUACACAAAACAGAAGCGAGCCGUAGACUUUAUAUUAUAAACAAUCAGCCAUUUUCAGUAAGAUUUACUAAAAAGGCUGUGAAGUGUUUGUGUGUCUGCUAUUGUGUGUUUAACUUGAGUCAUGUCUGACAUGUCUGUUUUAAAGCAGUGGGUGAGAUCUUCACUCCUUGAUUUGUUUAAUAAAAGCCUACUUUGACAUUCUGUUCACAAACGUGUCUAUAGUGAGUUAUUUUCAACGCGUUUAUUAUAGCGCAGUAAGAAAUAGACAUAGCGCAAGUAAUUCAAAGGUAUCGAGUAAAUGUAUCGGUUUGCCAUGACAAACUUACGCUCUUGCUGCUGCUCUAAGUAAUCAUAGUAAAAUCAUUUUUACUAUAGUUUAUUAUAGAAAAGCUAAAAUGUAUUUAAAAGUGUGAAUGACAAAAUUUACACUACACUUUAUUUUUAUUUGUUUACCUGCAUGCCAUCUGAUGAUCAUUAACCAAUGUCAGAGAACCGUGAACAUGCAAAUGCGAUACUUAAUUAUAAAAAUAUUUAAUACUGACAUGUAAUCAAUUAACAAGUCUGAUUUUGAGUAUUUUUUUUAAUUCUGUUUAAUCUAGUUACAAGUACUUAAUUUUUGGAGUCUGAUUAGGUAAUCCAGAUGUAAU